GGGCCCCAUGGCGAGGUGGUGGUGGUGGUCGCCGCGGCCAUGGCAGUUAAAAGGCCGCGCCACCAGCAGCUGCGUUGCGUAGCGGGAAGACGCCUCCUCUCCUGCUUUUGCUGCUGCUGCCGCCUCGAGUUGGAGAGAGAGAGAGAGGUGGAGAAGAGGGAAGGAAGGAAGCUGUGUGCUGCCGCGGGCGCAUUUAAGGCGCGUGGGUGCGGCGAGGAGGAGGGAGGUUGGCCCUCGGCGCUGGAUCUUGAUCUGGCCGUGGCGCGCCGCGGCGGCGGCAUUCCGUCGAACGGGUGGCGAGCAGAGCGCGCGCGCCGGCGUCUCGUGCCAGGUCUGAAGGUUAGAGGUGGUUAAUAAUGGAGGGAUCUUACCAAAUGAAUGGCAUACUGAACGGGAUGUCUAAUUCGAGGCAUCCGUCGUCACCCUCUGAGGUCGAUGAGUUCUGCAAAGCGCUCGGUGGUGAUUCACCGAUACACAGUGUGCUGGUUGCCAACAAUGGCAUGGCCGCUGUCAAGUUCAUGCGCAGCAUCCGUACAUGGGCGCUGGAGACCUUUGGGACGGAGAAGGCGAUUCUUUUGGUCGCCAUGGCAACUCCCGAGGACUUGAAGAUAAACGCGGAGCACAUAAGGAUCGCCGACCAAUUCGUAGAAGUUCCUGGUGGUACAAAUAAUAACAAUUAUGCGAAUGUACAGCUCAUAGUGGAGAUAGCAGAGAGAACACAUGUUUCUGCAGUUUGGCCUGGCUGGGGUCAUGCAUCUGAGAAUCCUGAACUUCCGGACGCACUGAAGGAGAAAGGAAUAAUUUUUCUUGGGCCACCAUCAGCCGCGAUGGCAGCGCUAGGUGAUAAGAUUGGUUCAUCUCUUAUUGCACAAGCAGCAGGAGUUCCAACUCUUCCAUGGAGUGGAUCACAUGUGAAAAUUCCACCAGAAAGCUGCAAUUCGAUACCUGAGGAGAUGUACAGGAGUGCCUGUGUCUCCACUACAGAGGAAGCAGUAGCUAGUUGUCAGGUGGUGGGAUAUCCUGCUAUGAUCAAGGCAUCAUGGGGUGGUGGUGGUAAAGGAAUAAGGAAGGUACAUAAUGAUGAUGAGGUGAGAGCACUGUUUAAGCAAGUUCAGGGAGAAGUCCCUGGCUCACCUAUAUUUAUUAUGAAGGUGGCAUCUCAGAGCCGACAUCUAGAGGUUCAGUUGCUCUGUGACAAACAUGGCAAUGUGGCAGCUCUGCACAGUCGAGACUGUAGUGUUCAAAGAAGGCACCAAAAGAUUAUUGAGGAGGGGCCAAUUACAGUUGCUCCUUCAGAGACAGUUAAAGAGCUUGAGCAAGCAGCAAGGCGGCUUGCUAAAUGUGUGCAUUAUGUGGGUGCUGCUACAGUAGAAUAUUUGUACAGCAUGGAAACAGGAGAAUACUAUUUUCUGGAGCUUAAUCCACGGUUGCAAGUAGAACACCCUGUUACCGAAUGGAUAGCUGAAAUAAACUUGCCUGCAGCUCAAGUUGUUGUAGGAAUGGGUGUGCCGCUCUACAAUAUUCCUGAGAUCAGACGCUUUUAUGGAAUGGAGCAUGGUGGUGGUUACGAUGCGUGGAGGAAAAUAUCAGCUGUUGCAACUAAGUUUGAUUUGGAUAAUGCACAGUCUGUAAAGCCAAAGGGUCACUGUGUAGCAGUCAGAGUUACCAGUGAGGAUCCAGAUGAUGGAUUUAAGCCUACUAGUGGAAGAGUUGAGGAGCUAAACUUUAAAAGCAAACCAAAUGUUUGGGCCUAUUUCUCCGUUAAGUCUGGGGGAGCAAUUCAUGAAUUUUCAGAUUCUCAAUUUGGACAUGUGUUUGCAUUCGGGGAAUCUAGAUCGUUGGCAAUAGCAAAUAUGGUGCUUGGGUUAAAAGAGAUCCAAAUCCGUGGAGAGAUACGCACUAAUGUUGAUUACACAGUGGAUCUCUUGAAUGCUGCAGAAUAUCGGGAAAAUAAGAUCCACACUGGUUGGCUAGACAGCAGAAUUGCUAUGCGUGUUAGAGCUGAGAGGCCCCCAUGGUACCUUUCAGUUGUUGGAGGAGCUCUAUAUGAAGCAUCAAGCAGGAGCUCAAGCGUUGUUACAGAUUAUGUUGGUUAUCUCAGCAAAGGUCAAAUACCACCAAAGCACAUCUCUCUUGUUAAUUUGACUGUUACCCUAAAUAUUGAGGGAAGCAAAUACACGAUUGAGACAGUAAGACGUGGGCCCCGUAGCUACACAUUAAGAAUGAAUGGGUCAGAGAUUGAAGCAGAGAUACACUCGUUGCGAGAUGGAGGACUCUUGAUGCAAUUGGAUGGAAACAGUCAUGUAAUUUAUGCGGAGACAGAAGCUGCUGGUACACGCCUUCUCAUCAAUGGGAGAACAUGCUUAUUACAGAAAGAGCAUGAUCCUUCCAAAUUGUUGGCUGAUACACCUUGCAAACUUCUUCGGUUCUUGGUUGCGGAUGGCUCUCAUGUAGAUGCUGAUACACCAUAUGCUGAGGUUGAGGUCAUGAAGAUGUGUAUGCCGCUGUUACUACCAGCUUCUGGUGUUAUUCAUUUUGUCAUGCCUGAGGGUCAAGCCAUGCAGGCGGCUGACCUGAUAGCAAGGUUGGACCUUGAUGACCCCUCUUCUGUGAGGAGAGCUGAACCAUUCCAUGGCACCUUUCCAAAACUGGGACCUCCAACUGCUGUUUCUGGAAAAGUUCACCAAAAGUUUGCUGCAAGUGUCAAUUCCGCACACAUGAUCCUUGCAGGAUAUGAACAUAAUAUCAAUGAAGUUGUACAAGAUUUGUUAAACUGCUUAGAUAGCCCUGAGCUUCCUUUUCUACAGUGGCAAGAACUUAUGUCUGUUUUGGCAACUCGGCUUCCGAAAGAUCUCAGGAAUGAGUUGGAUGGCAAGUACAAGGAGUAUGAGUUGAACUCUGAUUUUCGGAAGAACAAGGAUUUUCCUGCCAAGUUACUAAGGGGAAUUAUAGAGGCAAAUCUUGCAUACUGUUCUGAAAAAGAUAGAGUUACUAAUGAGAGGCUUGUUGAGCCACUUAUGAGCCUGGUCAAAUCAUACGAGGGUGGGAGAGAAAGCCACGCUCGUGUUGUUGUCAAGUCUCUAUUUGAGGAGUACCUGUCUGUUGAGGAACUCUUCAGUGACAAUAUUCAGUCUGAUGUGAUAGAACGUCUACGACUUCAACAUGCCAAAGACCUCGAGAAGGUCGUAUACAUUGUUUUCUCCCACCAGGGUGUGCGGACCAAAAAUAAACUCAUACUACGGCUUAUGGAAGCAUUAGUCUAUCCAAAUCCAUCUGCUUACAGAGACCAGUUGAUUCGUUUCUCUGGGCUGAACAACACAGUGUACUCUGAGUUGGCACUUAAAGCAAGCCAGCUUCUUGAGCAUACUAAAUUGAGUGAACUCCGCACAAGCAUAGCAAGAAGCCUCUCAGAGCUGGAGAUGUUUACUGAAGAAGGAGAGCGGGUGUCAACACCCAGGAGAAAGAUGGCCAUUAAUGAGAGGAUGGAAGAUUUAGUGGGUGCCCCACUUGCAGUUGAAGAUGCCCUUGUGGCUUUGUUUGAUCACAGUGAUCCUACACUUCAGCGGAGAGUGGUCGAGACAUACAUACGUAGAUUGUAUCAGCCUUAUCUGGUCAAGGGCAGUGUUCGGAUGCAGUGGCAUAGAUCUGGUCUAAUUGCUUUAUGGGAAUUCUCGGAAGAGCAUAUUAAGCAAAGAAAUGGACAAGAUGCGAUGUCUCUAAAGCAGCAAGUUGAGGACCCCGAAGAGAAAAGAUGGGGUGUCAUGGUUGUAAUCAAGUCUCUCCAGUAUUUAUCUAGUGCUAUUGAUGCUGCAUUGAAGGAGACUUCACACUACAAAGCAGGUGCUGGAAAUGUCUCGAAUGGCAAUUCUGCAAGUUCCAGCCAUGGCAAUAUGCUGCAUAUUGCUUUGGUUGGUAUCAACAAUCAGAUGAGCACUCUUCAAGACAGUGGUGAUGAGGACCAGGCUCAAGAAAGGAUCAACAAAAUUUCAAAAAUUUUGAAGGAUAGUACUGUAACAUCACAUCUCAAUGGUGCUGGCGUUAGGGUAGUCAGCUGCAUUAUCCAAAGGGAUGAAGGGCGCCCACCGAUGCGUCACUCCUUCCAAUGGUCAGUUGAUAAGAUAUAUUAUGAAGAGGAUCCGAUGCUCCGCCAUGUUGAACCUCCUCUAUCUACAUUCCUUGAGUUGAACAAGGUGAAUUUGGAUGGUUACAAUGAAGUAAAGUACACUCCAUCACGCGAUCGCCAGUGGCAUAUUUACACACUCAUCAAGAACAAGAAAGAUCAGAGAUCAAAUGACCAGAGGUUGUUCCUUCGUACCAUAGUAAGGCAACCAGGUGUGACCAAUGGGUUUUUGUCAGGAAAUGUUGACAAUGAAGUAGGCCGUGCUCAGGCUUCAUCAUCAUACACAUCAAGUAGUAUACUCAGAUCACUGAUGGCAGCACUAGAAGAAAUAGAGCUACAUGCACAUAAUGAGACAGUGAGGUCAAGCUAUUCACACAUGUAUCUGUGCAUAUUGAGAGUACAACAGUUGUUUGAUCUUAUACCAUUUUCAAGAACGAUUGAUAAUGUUGGUCAAGAUGAAGCAACUGCAUGUACGCUUUUGAAGAAUAUGGCUUUGAAUAUAUAUGAACAUGUUGGGGUGAGGAUGCAUCGCCUUUCUGUGUGUCAGUGGGAAGUGAAGUUAUGGUUGGAUUGUGAUGGACAAGCAAGCGGUGCUUGGAGAGUAGUUGUUACCAAUGUAACUGGCCACACCUGCACUGUCGAUAUUUACCGAGAAGUGGAGGAUUCUAAUACACAUAAACUUUUCUACCACUCUGUUACACCAUCACUGGGUCCUUUGCAUGGCAUUGUGUUGGAUGAACCAUACAAGCCAUUGGAUGCUAUUGACCUCAAACGUUACUCUGCUAGGAAGAACGAAACUACGUACUGCUAUGACUUCCCGCUGGCUUUUGAAACAGCACUGAAGAGGUCAUGGAAAUCAACCCUCUCUGUUGUUGCUGAAGCUAAUGAGCAUAAUAAGAGCUAUGCUAAAGUGACAGAGCUUAUGUUUGCUGAUUCAACUGGAUCAUGGGGUACUCCUUUGGUUCCAGUUGAGCGUUCUCCAGGUAUCAAUGAUAUUGGCAUUGUCGCUUGGAUCAUGAAGCUCUCCACACCAGAAUUUCCAAGUGGCCGGGAGAUUAUUGUUGUUUCAAAUGAUGUGACAUUUAAAGCUGGAUCAUUUGGUCCUAGGGAAGAUGCUUUCUUUGAUGCGGUCACCAAUCUUGCUUGUGAGAGGAAACUUCCUCUUAUCUACUUGUCAGCAACUGCUGGUGCUAGGCUCGGUGUAGCUGAGGAAAUAAAAGCAUGCUUCAAUGUUGGUUGGUCUGAUGACGAGAGCCCUGAACGUGGUUUUCAUUACAUUUACCUCACUGAACAAGAUUAUUCGCGCCUGAGUUCUUCGGUUAUAGCCCAUGAACUGAAACUAGAAAGUGGAGAAACUAGAUGGGUUGUUGAUACCAUUGUUGGAAAAGAGGAUGGACUCGGUUGUGAGAACUUGCAUGGAAGUGGUGCCAUUGCCAGUGCCUAUUCUAAAGCAUACAAGGAGACCUUUACUCUGACAUUCGUAACUGGACGAGCUGUUGGAAUUGGUGCUUAUCUUGCUCGGUUAGGCAUGAGGUGUAUACAGCGUCUUGAUCAGCCAAUUAUUUUGACAGGAUUUUCUGCGCUGAAUAAGCUUCUGGGGCGGGAGGUAUACAGCUCUCACAUGCAACUAGGUGGCCCCAAAAUCAUGGCUACAAAUGGUGUCGUCCAUCUGACUGUGUCAGAUGACCUUGAAGGUGUUUCUGCAAUCUUGAAAUGGCUCAGCUAUGUUCCUCCUUAUGUUGGUGGUCCUCUUCCUAUCAUGAAGCCUCUUGACCCACCGGAUAGACCUGUAACAUACUUCCCUGAGAAUUCAUGUGAUGCUCGUGCAGCUAUCUGCGGUGUGCAGGACAGUCAAGGCAAGUGGAUGGGUGGUAUGUUUGACAGAGAAAGCUUCGUGGAGACAUUAGAAGGCUGGGCAAAAACUGUUGUCACCGGAAGAGCAAAGCUUGGUGGAAUUCCAGUUGGUGUCAUAGCUGUGGAAACCCAGACUAUGAUGCAAGUCAUCCCUGCUGAUCCAGGUCAGCUUGAUUCUGCCGAGCGUGUGGUUCCUCAAGCAGGGCAGGUGUGGUUUCCUGAUUCUGCCACCAAAACAGCCCAGGCAUUGCUGGAUUUCAACCGUGAAGAGCUUCCGCUGUUCAUCCUCGCUAACUGGAGAGGCUUUUCUGGUGGGCAAAGGGAUCUGUUUGAAGGAAUCCUUCAGGCUGGUUCUAAUAUUGUUGAGAAUCUGAGGACAUAUAACCAGCCUGCUUUUGUGUAUAUUCCAAUGGGCGGAGAGCUUAGGGGAGGUGCAUGGGUUGUGGUAGAUAGCAAAAUCAAUCCAGAACACAUUGAGAUGUAUGCUGAGAGAACUGCAAAAGGUAAUGUCCUUGAACCAGAAGGAUUGGUUGAGAUCAAAUUCAGGCCAAAGGAACUGGAAGAAUGCAUGCUAAGGCUUGACCCGGAGUUGAUCAAGCUGAGUACAAGGCUGAGAGAAAUGAAGAAGGAAAAUGCUGGCCUCUCGGAAAUGGACACCACUAGGAGGAGUAUUAUUGCUCGGAUGAAGCAACUGAUGCCUAUAUAUACCCAGGUUGCUACACGGUUUGCUGAAUUGCAUGACACCUCUGCUAGAAUGGCUGCCAAAGGUGUGAUCGGAAAGGUUGUCGAUUGGGAAGAAUCUCGGUCCUUUUUCUAUAGGAGGUUGCGAAGGAGAGUUACUGAAGAUGCACUUGCCAAGGAAAUCAGAGAAGCUGCUGGCGAGCAGCUGUCCCAGAAAUCUGCAUUGGACUAUAUCAAGAAAUGGUACCUUUCUUCCAAUGGAUCUGAUGGAAACAGUGAAAAGUGGAAUAACGAUGAAGCUUUCUUUGCUUGGAAAGAUGAUCCAACAAACUAUGAGAAUCAACUCGAGGAGUUGAAGGCUGAAAGAGUAUCCAAGUGGCUCUCGCGUCUCGCUGAAAGCCCUGAUGUGAAAGCUUUGCCAAAUGGUCUUUCAAUUGUUCUUAACAAGAUGAAUCCUUCAAAGAGGGAGCAGGUUAUUGAUGGUCUCAGGCAGCUUCUGGGUUGACCAAUGUGAAUUUUGAUAUCCAGCAUGAACCAAACAGAAUCAUACUCAAACGCUAACACUGAAGUUUAAUUGGGCUAUCAUUGAUGCAAUGGAAGAGGUUUUUUGCACAUAAAAUGGGAGGUUUUGAGAUGGCAUCUCAAGAACCAUAUACAUACAAGGAUAUGAUUGGGCCUCUGCCCUACUGGAUGUUUGGUGUGAGUUCUUGCAAAGAGCAGAAUAAAGAGCAAUGCAAAGAUUAGUCAGGCACGGAAUGUUGUUCCAUUUGUAGUGAUGUAUUUAGAUGUUUUUUACUAGCAUUUUUUUUCUUGGCCUGCCUCAUGCCAAUGUCAUAUAGAUACGAUGGAAUUCUUGAUCAAGUAAUUGUUUAUUUAUUUUCCAAUCCAAAUAAUACAUAGCAAUCCUCAUCUUCUAGUGUUCUAUUCUCGUGCCGAUUGUGUUGCUGUUACAGAUGGUUGCGACGUUUGGCAUGAAUAAACCAGCUCAUUUGAGC